AUGAACACAACAGAAGUGACUAUAAUGACAAUUACUACAACAACAACGACUCCACCAGUCCCCCCAAGCCCAGAGGAACAGAGGGGAUACUACUACGGCCUGCUUUCUCGGCCAAGGCUCGUCGCCCGGUCCAGCACAACUCCUUGGGUACGCAAAUGCGAUAGAGAAUCAACUCUUGGCAAGUCAAUCGGGCUCGUCGGAAGAGAUCACCCAAUGAUUGAUCUAUGGAUCGACUUUACCAGCACUCUCCGGCAGAACAUUAGCGCAAUACUCCGAGGCAUCGACUGGACGGCCCUCGAAUUGCUCCGUAUCGGAUACGACAGAGCUUACUGGACUAGAGAGGAGUUUGAGCAGCCUGUUACGCUCAUGAUCACGGUCAGGAAGGAUUCGACGUCUUGGGCGCAUGCAUAUGCAGUUGUUAUGGCAUGUCGCGCUGUUAUUGUGGAGUGUGGUAUACACGAUGUCCAUGUCGAGGUAAAGCAGCCUUGGGAUGCUCAAAUUGUCUGA